AGGGGCUCGGAUUCCGAUGCCGUGCUUUUCCCCUGGCGCGCGCAGGCACACAUCUGCUUGUCUGGCGUCCGCGUUCUGGACUGUACUUACGUGGCUGAAAAUGGCGGUGAUUGUCUGCUUUUGUAUUCAACCCUAUCCCCGGCAUCCCUCCCCUCUCGCUACCCCGCGCCGAAUCCGGUUUAGCGAGCAUGUCAGCUGGGGACUGAACGCAUAAGAGACUUAUAUCGCACAUGGGGAGGCC